AUGUUCGGCUACCACAUGACGACUGCUUCUGAUCGUGCUGUAAUUCUAACCACGAACGAACGUGAUGCUCUAGCUAUGUACGAAGCAACUGAUGGAGCUUUAGCGUUCGCACUUCCUAAUGGAGAACGUGUUAACCCUAAUAUUUUUCCAUACCUAGAGGAUUUCGAGCAAGUGUUUCUGUGGUUUCCUUCGCGCCAUUUGGACUAUGCCAAGGAAUGGGGUUAUGCUCUUAGUGGUGUUAGAUGUUACCUCAUAAGAAACGCUGAAAGGCCGAUUGAACUGGUGCGUAAUGGGAAACAUAAGGAUGUCAAACAUAUUCUCAGUAGAGAAGCGGUUCGUCUACGAGAGAAAGGGUUCCGUUCCAUGACUGAUAUUCGCGAAGAAGUGAAAGCAGACUUGAUCAACACGAGUACACGCCAGCUCGGUUUUGCACAAGCCUUUUCCAAGGGAAGUUUCCUUUCAAACCAUGGCUUUCUUGCACAUUAUCAAAGCUCUCGUGAUGUGUUGUCUUUGACUCGUUUGCACGAAACCGAUUACGGCUAA